GUACGAGAACUCGUCCUGGACAAUUGUCGAUCGGUUGAAGGAAAAAUCGAAGGCCUCACAGCUGAAUUUGUCAACCUGGAGUUCCUCAGUUUGAUAAAUGUUGGCUUAAUCUCAGUCUCCAACCUGCCCAAACUAGGAAAACUGAAAAAGCUGGAGUUGAGCGACAACAGAAUCAGCGGCGGCCUUGAUGUUUUAGCAGAGAAACUACCGAACCUCACACAUCUAAACCUGAGUGGCAACAAAUUGAAAGACAUCAGCACGUUGGAACCAUUGAAAAAGCUGGAUAACCUGAAGAGUUUGGACCUGUUCAACUGUGAAGUGACAAACCUGAACGACUACAGAGAGAGCGUGUUCAAGCUGCUGCCUCAGCUUACCUACCUGGACGGUUACGACAUGGAGGACAGGGAAGCCUCCGACUCCGACGGAGAGGUGGACGGAGACGGCGUAGAUGACGAUGAAGACGAAGAGGGUGAGGAGGAGGAAGAUGAGGACGGAGAGGAGGAGGACUUUGAUGAGGAAGAGGACGACGAGGAAGACGAAGAGGAGGUAGAAGGAGAAGAGGAUGACGAGGAAGUCAGCGGUGAAGAUGAGGAGGAAGAUUUCGGCCAGGACGGAGAAGUAGAUGAAGAAGAUGAUGAUGAGGAUGAAGAUGAAGACGGUAUGUGUCUCUUUCAUGUUUUUAAAACCCAGAGAAUUUCUUAAGAAAAUGAGGAGUCACAUGGUCACAAUCUCUUAUC